AAUACAGUAAAUGCAGAAAAAUGUUGUAUGUAGCCAUUAUAUAGGGUCCUAAAGAUAGAUCAAGAACAUGUAAUAAAUCUUAUAUUAACUGAAUAUUAUCAGUUCUAUAAGGAGAUAUGUCGUAUGUAAUUGUGAGUAAAUUUGGCACCACAUGUAGUUGUCUGGAUUUCUCAGCUCCUCCUUCACCAAACUGCUCCUGGUGAACUUUAAAUAACCUUGAAGAACAGCACACAUUUCUGAACACGCUGCUCUCAAACGACUCGGGCUUUUAUUUUAAUAUACCGAAUGCCAGUUCGCAUCAAACUCAAGCAUUUAGGCUUAUUUAUUUAAGAAAUGAUUUUUUUUCUCAUUCGCUCUCUUGAAGAAAUUCCUGCUUUAUUCUUGGAGCCUUUAGGUUAUCCGAGCAUGCACUGACAGGGAAACAUCACCAAGUGGGGCAUUUUCAGAACAGUUUCACAUUCGUAUUGCACUGAAAACAAACUGAUUCAUAUUCAGUUUCAAAUGAAGAAAAUAGUUGAGUGGUUAUAGUGAUGUACAUAUCAGAAGAAAAGGGUAGCUUCAGUCAGUUUGGGAAACUUAAAAAUGUAUUUUUUUUUGAUUAUCUGGAACUCUUAUGAAUCAUAUUGUCCUUUAAAGUAGAAGCUUAUUAAGCUAUAUUGAGAAGAUCAUGUGCAUAAAAACAUCUGUGUUACAAGAAAUUAGCUAUAAAGUACAAUAAAUGGUAUAGAUAGAAACAUUCCAGAAGGAUACAGAGACGGAUUCUGCUCAAGGUUUCUUCCCGUUAAAAGAGUUUUUUCUCGCCACUAUCGCCUUAGGGCUUGCUCUGGGGGUUCAGGCUUAUGGGUUCUGUAAAGCAUCUUAAGACGAUUUGAACUGUAAUUGGUGCUAAAUAAAAAAACGAAUUGAAUACAGUCUUUUAGCAUUUAGAUAUAUGAUGAGUGCCACCAGUAAAUCUAUACUGAGACAAGAAACUUACCACUGCAUAAAAACAUUUAAUUUCAGGGACAUGAGGCAUAGCUUUGAGCGAAGUUAACAUAAAGUUACAAGUGAUUUGAAUUCAGAAGGUCGUAUCACGACAAACGAACCAUUAGCAGCUGUCACCGACUACAAUGAAACCAUGUGAGAACAUGACAGGGAGGAAUCCAUACAAUGAGGACUUGGCUCGGCACCAUGCAGAUACUUUAGGAAUGGGCAGGGCGCACAGAAAUGCUUGAAAGACAACAUGUAUCAACAAGAAGUUUCAGAUCAUGAGCAAACAAAUAUGAGCCUUAAUGCCUCUGAGUAACAGACAAGUCAUCCUGGAUUUAAAAUGUCAGAGCUGGGAUUUCCAUCCUUUUAUUGAACAGCCAUCUUUAGCAGCUUUUCGCCUGUUAAAUUAAAACCAGAACGCUUCUUGGAAAAGCAAGUGUUUAGCUGUAGUUGGAAUCAGGCUCUUUUGGCACAAAGUGGCCUUAAUUCUUAGAGGACUGGGUAGCUUGUGGAAUUCAGUUUGACAGGAGAUGAAAGGAGAGUGGAGCUUGUAAAUCAUGAAGGGAGAUGGACAGGCUUUCUCGGGUGCCACAUCUUAGCAAAUGCAGACUCUGGCUUUUGUGGUGUUUGCUGCAGGCUCACCGUGAGGAGAAAGCGCUUAUUGAAUGACCACAUGCUCCAAGGUGUGUAUUAAUUACACUUCUAUGUGAUAAGUUUGGAGCGGGAUGAAUUUCACAUGCCUGCAUGGGCGAACAUAAGCCAUCAAAGUGUCCACUGUUCCCUCAAAGCUCCUCUUGCGUAUUUACAAAUAGGUUCUAGUAAAUAGCAAGUGAGCUGGGACCCCUGCAUUUGAGAUGUGUGUAGCCAUGAGACGGAACUUGACACCGAGGGCGCACAGAGCGCGGAGAUCAGGUUAGAAACAUGCAUCGCAACAGAACAUCUCCAAAUCGCAUUCCGCAUACUGAAAUCUAAUCCGAGGACAUCAGGAUGUGUGACAUAAUCCCCAAGACAUCUGAAAACUGCGCUCCUCCAAACAGGGCUCCAGGGGUGGUUUGGAGAGAUAUGCGGACCUCUGUUCCUCACUGUUUGCUCUUGCAGGGAUCUAUAAAAGAGGGGCGGACACCAACUGCCCCCAAACGUCAGAGCGCACUUAACUAUAAAUCUCUCCAAACUGCUCGCUGCGCCCGGUGCGGUGUUAUGCGCAAACAUCUGUCCUGCUUCAGUCCAAUAUGAGGACAACGCGUGUGGAGACCCCCUCGAGCUACACAGACACUAUCUGACACGGAAAAAAUGGAGAAUAAACACCCCCAUCUGUGUUGUUUUUGUUUACCACGACAAGAUUAGUGUAAAAAAAUGUUGGCGGUUUUGAUUUUUUUAACGCAGUUUUGGAUAUAAGAGCGCUUUAAGUGUUUUAUCAAGAGGCACGCAAGGCGUUCUUGCGCUCUGGAAAGCAAAUAUUGAACACCUUAUGCGCCCUGCUUACGUGCUGGAGGGGCUGAUGUCUUCAUUGGACUCCUUUCUGUCGGAGAUGGUGGAUCUCUCUCGGAUUUCCAACGUGGAAACGUAGCAUCCAAUUAAUCAGCGACUGCAACUGUACCCCCGUAAGGCGCAGUGGCACUUGGUCCGCUCUCUUCUACACCUACCUUUGGACUCCAAAGUGUGCAGAGAGACGCAUGGUUUGGCUGGUGCGCCGGAUCGGAAUAUGAAAAACACACCUAGUGCCAGUAUUUCAGCCUUUUUUCUAUUUGGACACAAACUGAAUUUGAACUCGCUUUCGUGAAAUUUUCACGUUCGGGUUGUUUGAAAUGAUUCAUGCCGCUGAAUCAGCUGGGAACACUAAAUGAGUGGCGUUUUCUGUUUGGAUUUUACCACCAACAGCCCAAGCGAGUUUCAGGUCUGCAUGGGCCAUAUUUGAGGUAAGUGAAGCUUUAAAUUUUACUAUGAUUUCAGGGUGUUUAAAUAAGUACUGCCCUGGCUUCUGAUUAUCUGUGCGCAACGGGACAUACAAGCGUCACUUUGGCGUUUCUGUUCAAAUCGAAAUGCAACUUAUGCAUUUGUAAGGACAGUUGUUAGGACUUUUGCAUAGCAUGUUUCAGCCCAGUAUUUAUCCAUGCUUGGCUGUUUAGGUUCACUGCAGACUCAACAUGCCAUUAGACAGAGUCACGUAAGCUUUGGGGAUCGCCAUCUGGCCAAGUCACACCAUUAUUUAGGCUAUCGGUGCCAAAACGCUUUGGUGCGUGCUUUAACCAAUGCAUUUUUGUGUGAGGCGCACCCUCUGUGCCUCAUUAUAAAGUAGCAAGAGCUUCAUCACAACAACGUGAAUGUAUCAUCUUCUAACCCCAAUACAUCUGAACAUCCGUAGAGAAUGUAAAAUAGAAAACAGCACUUUUACGCACAAAUUUACGCAUUUUUUUGUAUGAUUCGUCCCAUACUUUGUUUCUAUAUUCCGCGGAUGUUUUUGUUAUUAUUAGUAAUAAAUAGGGCAUUUCUUAAAUUGUCUUUCUUAUAGUCAUUAUUUUCUGGUGAGUUUAAUCAGAUAUUCAUUUUUACAGCACACACCAGACAAAGUGAAGAUCAAAGCUCCUUGACAUGAUGACACAGUUAUUAAUACAGAAUGAGUCAGGCUUUCUUCAUAGGAACUGAGUCUAAGAUGAAGUUAUGGGAUGUUUUGGCCACGUGUUUGUUCCUCCUGAGCUCUGUUGCUACACGGCCUCUCUACCAAAACACUCAGCCAGCCAAGAGGACUUACUUCCCCAGCAGCUACACUGAUUCUGUGUCCCUGUCUGUGGAGGACGAAGAGCCAUUGUUCCAGCGCCAAGACCACAACCUGCAGGAGAUCUCCAUGGAGGAUCAGUAUGACACUGCAGGUCCUUAUCCAGAGCAGUACGAUGACGUGAUGGAUUUUAUCGAGGCUACCAUUGGCAGACUCCGGAGAUCUUCAGAACCCAGCGGGGGCUCCAGGGGACGGAAGGAGCAGAGACAAAGAGGAGCAGCAAACACAGGAGGCUCGAGAGGCGGAGGGAGAGGACAUGGAGACAGGAGGCGAGGUCGAGGCCGAGGGGGAAGCCGAGGCGGUAAAGGAGGCCGAGGUGAGAAAGGGAGGGAGAGGAUAUCGGUGCAGAGUCGAGGCUGCUUGCUAAAGGAAGUCCAUCUCAAUGUGACGGAUUUGGGGUUGGGCUACCAGACUAAAGAGGAGCUGAUCUUCCGGUACUGUAGCGGCCCCUGCAUCGAGGCGGAGACCAACUACGACAAGAUCCUGAACAACCUCACACACAACAAAAAGCUGGACAAGGACACGCCCUCUCGCACCUGCUGUCGACCGAUCGCAUUCGAUGAUGACUUGUCCUUUUUGGACGACAACGUGGUGUAUCACACGCUGAAGAAGCAUUCUGCUAGGAAGUGUGGCUGUGUCUGAGGAAGUCACUUGAACGUGACAAAAUAACGGCAUCAGCGAACUAAGGAUCACCUUUACAAGCUGGUGCUGCAAAGGGAGGGAUUACUGUUGGACAAGUGUAUGCGAGGUCAAACAGGGAUUGCAUCGUCCCUUAGUGUCAGUAGUCAUCAGAGGAGAUACAGGUGAGUAUACUGAGACCACCUGAAAGACACUGGAACAGCCGUUCACAAGCAACCUGUACAUUUAACUUUGACAGUCCGUACUCAGUCCUCUAGAUCCCGUUACCAGUAUUUGACUGUUCAGACACAUGCAAAAAUGUAUCAGGUGUGCACCUAUUUGCAGAAGAUUAAAUGCUGUUACACUUCCAGAUUUGCUAAUUGUGCUGUCUAAAAAGGCAAGAGUGAAGAAAAACUAGAAGACUUAAUUUCCCAGGAACAUCAGUUUUCCAUAACUGGCUCUUAAAGACUCCAGAUGAAUCCACAGAUUUGAAGAGAUCAUUCUGUUGCAGUCUAAGUCACAUCCACUGCAUAGCCUGGAUGUUGACAUUCAGAGUCAAGGAACCACUCCAGAGUGCAGCAAAGACUUUUUGGUGCAACGCAUCUACAUAAAAUCCAAUCAUAUAUAUACAUACAUAGUAUAUAUAGAUACGUGUGUGUAAGAGGUAUAUUUAUUAAGAUGGAAUUAACUUAUUGUUAUUUAUUUCAAUCCAUUUUACGCAAGAAAUUGUCAUUUUUCUUAUUUAUUUAAAAGCUUUGUAUGUCCUGGAUGGUGCCAAAGUGGAGCAUUUUCUCAUGCAAAAGCUCACAAGGUGACCCAGAACUGCUAAACACACUUUAUUAACGCUUCUUCAUGCCACUUAGAUUCCAGCGUUUCUCAUUUCAUGCAUCUAAAUGAUCAUCAUUAGCUAUCAAGUUCAGGAAGGACAGACAGAGAGGAAGAGGAGGGGACCAAUAGAAGAUAUUUGAUAGGGUUGAUGUGUUGUUUUGAAGCAUUUAGAGGGACGGCAGUAGUUCACCUCAUUCUGACAAACGUGACCACGCAAAGACAAGAGGGGAAACUUCAGCUCUCUCCUCACAGCACCCAGUUAUAGACUCCUGUUCAACUCAUCCCUUCAUUGAUGCUCUAUGUUUACAAGGAAAUAAAUAACUCUUUGCUGCUGUUUAUUUUCAAAGCAAUUUUUACAUUCAUAAUCCAGGACAGAUUUAAACAGAAGCCAUAACAUCUAUAAAAUUUAAAAUCAACAUGAGAGUGGUGGUCUCACAAGGAUCUGUACGUGCCUUUGAGGAUCCAUCCUUUAGGUGAAAGUACAGAAGCUGCUAGAAUACCUGCCUAUCAGCGCACGUCAUCCGAAACCUCACUCUGGCCUUGCACCAAGUCUGAGCAAAGGCUUUGCAGCGGUUACUGUCCCAAUAGGCUUUAAAGUUCAUGGGACUGCCUGUGUCUCUGUCUGAACUCUGACAGACAGGUCUUAUUCCCUCAAAGGGGAUUUGAAAGUGAUCCUCUAACACGAGUCUUAACCAAAUAUCCCUGCUGGCAAAGGCAGUUUAAGGAAAAUCUAGCUACUGUAGUGGCAGUCAUUGUGCAACUGAUGUAAAUAUCUCAAGACUAGACGUUUUGACAAAAGAGCAUGUUUUGGAAUUACCGAGCGAAGGCAAAGUGUUGGCUCGACAUGCUUUCUACAUGUAAUGACUUGUUCAGUCAAAUUUAUUCCCAAACUACGGCGGAAAUACACAUGCAGCAAAACAGGAGGCUCUUCAAAAAGCACGUCGCUGUGCCCUGCAAAGGGGGUCGUUUUAAGUGGAACAAAGAGAGCCCUCGUGUAGGUCUUGAUGUUAGCAUGGAUUAGGGACCAAGGUAUCUGUGCCCACCCAGCAGCAAGCAAGCCAGCUUUACUGUGUAAUCCCCCUGCACAGAACAAAUCCACUGCAUCAAGCUGAAUUUAGGCCAAACACUACACAGAGAGGAAAAAAAAACUCUUAGCUUUUAUCACAGCAUACCUCAUCAAUUGGAUCAUCUUCCCCUUUUAACAACUGAUUCGUGCAUAAGCCUUUCCAGAUGAGAUUGUGCAGUUAGGAGACUUCCCAGAAGUCUCAGAGCGCCUCGAUACUCGUCGAUACCAUACGUUAACGUGUGUAAACUGUGACCACCCGCCCUCUCAUCGUCACGACUGUUCUGCUCAACUGUUCAUUAGUUCUUUGGAUCUGGUGCAAAGGUAAACGAGCAAUAGGUAAAGAUACUAAGGAAUCCUCAGUGUUAAUAUUAGAAGAAAGGAUUGCAUUUGUUGUCACUCCGUUAACACCUCUGUGAAAAGAAAUAACUGUCACGUCGUCUCACUUGUUUUGUGUUACAGAACCAAAGCUCUCGGCAAACUUUAUUUUUGUACAAUAUUCAUUUUAUAACUUUUUACAGAAUUAAACUUGUUUCUAUUAAAUGAA